UUGAAUUUUGCAAGAUCCGAGCCAAGACCCCUUAUGUUGCUUGAAAAUCCUCAAAACAACACACACUCACGUUUUUGAGAAGAUAAACACCGAAUCGCGGUAAAUUUGGAAUUGCUGUGAAUUCGCUGAAAAAUCGGGGACGAUUUGUAGGGAAACUCUAGCAGGAUGGCGACAGGGCAGGUCAAGUUGGACAGUGAUAUUGCUGACGAUAGUGCAACCGCACCCGGUAUAAAUCUACAGCACGCGACGUGCGAGCACCACCGGGCGCCGCAGCAGGCCGGUCUACCGUCGCCAGCUCAAGUUCUCCCCAUGCCGAUCGGAGUGUUGUCCGCUGCUCAGAACACGGCCGGUGCUCGGCCGUCCGCCGUCAACGUGUCAACAAUUGUACCCAUCCAAACGCUGAAGUACAUGACAAUGAAGACUCAGCCACCAUCAACACAGCAGUCGAAGCUUUUUGAGACAUACAGCGAUCACAUUGAUGUAUUUCUGGUGGAGGUUUAUCGCUGUAAACUCUGCCGGUUUCACACUGCGGCAAAGUCGGUCAUUUCAUCUCACAUGUUGGAGAAACAUUUCGACAGCAAUCAUGUGGAUUCAACAUCUACUACGACUACAACAAGGCCAACCCCAACUCCUAAUAAUUUUGGAAGAGGUACACAAAGUAGUGGAGAAAAUACAGUCGUUCAUGUAAACGAAACACAAGCAACAUCUUCCAUGUCGAUAAAUAUGCAAACGAGUGUCGAUACGCCUGUGAUCCCGCAAUUGAUUACAAGUAGCAGGUCAGAUGGGCAGAUUGUUACCAUUCCAACCCAUCAAGCAAAGCAGUCGCCCCCAAUCAACAGUAGCGCAACGGUGGAGAGUGACAAUUUGAACAAGUCUCACCCUAUUGCCGCUGCAUCGGCCGUUAAUGCUUUGGAGUUACUAAUGGGAAUAGGUAACAAGGGGGAGGGGGAGAUUUCAGCAGCGGAUCUUGUAAUUCCCGUCCAAUUGACUACAACACGCAGUGCAGAAACUGGAAAACAAAAUCUACACAGCAACGCUGCGAAUCCGGAAUCUGUGAGCACUGAAGUACUUGGUGAGGAUCUCAUGGCAACCCUCAAAGUGGAAACGAGCCAAUCGCAGGGAAGGUUGACAACGGUUGACGAAGAAGAGUUAGCCCAGACCCUCAAAAUUGAUGAAAAAAGGGACAGUGGAGGGGAAAGCAAUGGGGACGUUGAUGAUGAUGUUGAUAGUAACCAUGGUGAUGAUGAUGAUGAUGAUGAUGAUGAUAACGAUGGGCUGAUGGAGGAGGAGGUUGCGAAACCAACCCCAGUGCAAAUCGGUCUCGGUUUGUCACAGAUGUCAAACAUAGACAUUCAGGAGAUUGCCAACACCGCGUCAAAGUCAAACCCGAAAGCAACCACAAUCACCGUCCUCCAUCACGGCCGAGGGGACGACCCUCCCACCGCGAUUCAAUUCAGGAAGAGUCGUCGGAGCCAGGCCGUCAUCCCGACCGGGGAAUCCCUUGGCAUCGCCUCGCCCUUCGGUCAACGCCCAUAUCGGGGACACAAGAAGUUCUCCUGUACGACCUGCGGGGCGCGCUACAAACUGCGCUCGGACCUUGAUCGCCACAUUCACAAAAAACACAAACGCUUACGAGAGUUCUUAUGUGAGAUUUGCGGGGAGGCCCUCGCAACGCGGGCGGGUGUCAAGUACCACGUAUCCAAGAAACACAUGAACAUCAAACAACUCUAUCAGUGUAGCGACUGCGAUUAUAAUACUUCCUACGAAGCGCGCAUGGUGAUCCACAGAGCAACGCACGACUCAAACUUCUACUGUAAGCUCUGCGAAAAGAAGUUUGUGAGCGCGGAACGCCUCAACAAGCACUUCUCAUCUCCGCUGCACAAGAAUGCCCUCAACCCACUUGUCUGCGAACACUGCGGGUACAGCACAAAGAAGAAAGACAAUUUUGUGGUCCAUAUGCGCAAGCACACCGGUGAAAAGCCGUACAAGUGUAAAAUCUGUAGCUACGCAAGUUCUGAUGGAAGCACCCUCAAGAAACAUGUGAUGGCCAAGCAUUCAAGUAUCCGCCCCUUCAAGUGUGCAAUGUGUACUUUCUCCUGUGUGGACAAGAAGGGGCUUGACAUCCAUAUCCGAAAGCACACCGGAGAGAGGCCGUUCAAAUGCAAGUACUGUCAGUACGCUGCAAAGCGCCGGAGUGCCCUCAACAUCCACAUGCAGACGCACGAUAAGGAUAACUUGUACAUACAUGACGCCGUCAUUGAAACGGUAGGCCAGGUCAUCAUCGAGACGUCAAACCAUACACCCAUACAGACCACCCUGGCACAGGAGCAACAGUUCACUACUAUGUCCAACUACCAGCCGCCCCCGACUGUAACACAGAGACAGAUAGUCCAGCCAGCAGGCAACACGUCGGCUGCUGGCCCUGCGUCCGGGGGAAUAGACUCGUCAUACAAUGCACAGAUACCGACGGGCAGUGCAGCAAAGCCAGUCCAAACGAUGUGGCAGAACAUAUGAACGGGCAUCUAGACAGUAGCCUAAAUGCCCUGAAAAGGGGAGAACUUGGUGCAGAAGGGUUUGCUGUUACCUUUGUCAGCAGUGACUUGCCAGUAGCCAGUAGGACCAGUCUGCUUUUUCACUAGUCCUCUGUUCUUAGAUUGGUUAUUUAUCCAUUUAGAGACCAAACUGACUGUUGGCGGCUUGAACCAAAAUGCCCAGACCAGCGACAAACGGCCGCAAUGUUUGAACAACUUUUGCUCAAACGCGACGGACAAAGAAAAGGUAUGGGACCGGAUUGACAUUUCCCAAUGUUUCCCAUGUUAAUAUAGAAUUUACAAUUCUAAAACAAAACCAUGCACUUCUGUUUCGAUUAAUUUUCCUGCCUUUUUUUUCUGAAAAAAGCGCGGCAAAAAUCAACAAGAUUAGCAAUGUCUGGGCGUAUGGUGAUUAUUAUACAGAAAUGAGUGGUCUCUAAAGGUUUAAUAAAAGUACGACUACAGAAAUAUCUCCGUAGUCUGUCAGCGAUUGACAAUGCACAAAUAAUAUGAAAUUAAUUAGUUAUUUGUUUAUUAAAGGCAGUGGACACUAUUGGUAAUUACUCAAAAUAAUUAUUAGCA